AUGGGAGAGUGAGGAAGAAAUAAGUUGUUGCACUGUACUUAUUAUGACGUGACCUGGUCAAUCCUGUUCUGCAAUUGUAAAUCUGCUGUUCUUGUGAUGCCAAAUAUACCACUAAGGAAGACUUUUAAGUGUUCGUAAUGACUUAUUUGCUUGCAGGGGCGAUAAAAAGAAAGCUUUCGAACACCGAUGUUCCUGUGACAGACUUGCUUUCUACACCGCUAGGGUACAAAUUGACUUCAAAAUCACAGAGGGAGGUAGAUCUGGAGCGACGCCUCAUGCUAGAGUACAAACGACGGCACAAAGCAGAAAGCGAAAGAGACCGACUGCGCGAAUCGAUUUCAAAAGUUCUUUCUCCUGACCAAGUUCGUGUGCUGGAGAAGGGCACGAUGCGAGGCAGCUCAUGGUCACCAGAGAUGGUCCGGAAAGCUCUGCAAUUAAAAGUUGCCUGUGGCAGCAAAGGCUACGAUUUUGUGAAAGAGAAUGUUGUACCUCUACCAGCAAAAAUAACGCUCCAACAGCAAACAGAAUACAUCAAAUUCAGGCCAGGAAUCUUGGAUGAGGUGUUUGCGGCGCUGAAACAGAGGUCCUCAUCAUUGCAACCAGAAGAGCGCCAUGCCUGCUUGCUUAUGGAUGAAAUGCAGCUGAAUCCAGGCCUGGACUAUGAUGCAUCAACUGGAAGCAUAAUAGGGCACCCCACAAUUAGGCCGUCUAAUCCGAUCCACCAAGGAAGAGUUGGCAACCCAUGCUCUGGUGUUCAUGCUGGCUGGACUGACGACUCGGUGGAAGCAGGCUGUUGCUUACCACUUCACUUCUGCUUCUUUUGAUGCUCAACAAGUAAAAGAGUGCAUUUUUGAAGUUAUCAGGAGAGCAGAAGCUGCAGGGAUCACAGUUAAUGCAGUGGUCACUGAUAUGGGCCCAGGCAACACUGCAAUUUGGAGGCUUUGCGGCAUUCAUGCUUCAAAAUAUGGCAAGACCCAGACAUCAUGUCCCCACCCCUGUGGAAAUGGCCGAAGGCUGCAUUUUUUAGCGGAUUCAUCUCACCUACUCAAAAAUUUGAGAGGUCAUCUUGUCAGGGGCCAGGAAAUCAUCCUGGACAAAGUGACAGUUGCCAGGCAUAAACUACCCACCAACAAGGUCUCUCUUGAACAUGUACGACAGGCUUGCGCUAUAGAUGAGAACCACAAACUGAAGUUAAUGCCACAUCUAAAGACCCGUGACCUGGACCCGAAUCAUUAUGAAAAGAUGAAUGUCGCCACGGCACAUUCACUUAUGCAUCAUAGCACAGCUGCAGCCUUGCGGUACCUGGUUGGCAAAGCCCUGCUGCCAAACACAGCUCUGACAACCGCAUUUUUUAUUGACCAAGUAUUCUUUUGGUUCACAAUAAUGACGUCGCGAACAAGAAAAACAGCAUUAAGCGAUCUUUGUCCCCAAAAAGCAGACGAUGCCAAGCAGCUUCUGCAAGACUUCAUUGCUUUAUUCACAGGGCUCAUGAUAGUAGACAAGACUGGUAAAGGCACCUGGAAACCUGUGCAGACUGGCGCUGUUUUGUCAACUGUUGCUGCUUUAUCUUUAAGAGAGUGCUACAUUACCAAGCAAGGUUUCAAGUUUUUGAUGCUUAGUCGAUUGAGCCAAGAUGCUCUUGAAAAUUUGUUUAGCUCAAUAAGGUUUAAAACACCUGUGCCCCGUGCCAGGGAGUUCAAAUCCACCUUUAGAGUGAUUGUGCUGGCUCAGUUCUCGCAACCUAGUCGGAGCGGCUCAUAUAGCAUUGACGACUCACAGGAUCUUGUGCUUUUCUUGAGAGAUAGCGGUCUCAAUGCUGACCCUAAAGAAGAUGCAAAUGAAGUUGUCGAUGUUGAUGAUGGUAUUUUUGAGCUUUGUCAAGAGGAACAAGACAGCCUAGAAUAUUUCUCUGGCUAUAUUGCAUAUGCUGUAAUACAUAAGCAUAAGCUGUGCCAAACAUGCCAUUUGAGCAUUGUUGAUAGAAGUAGGGAAGUCCCAGAGCUGUUAGCUUUGAAAUGCUAUGCCCGAAAUGGCCGAAAUCCUCUGAAAGUGCCAUCACAGCCACUAGUCAGGCUCAUGCAGGCUUGUGAGAAUUUGUUUCGUGCCAAUGAAACUAAUCUCCUCAACUCGAAGUGCAGUGUCAAAAGCCUUAAGCAAACUGUUUUAGAGAGAGCUGAUCUUUACCAAGAAUUCCCUACAUGCCACAGUGUUGCACAAAAGGCUUUGUCUCAUUUCUUUCUUUGUCGACUCAGGUUUGCUUUAAAACAAAGGAAUGUGUAACUUCUGUCCAGGCUACGACAGUCUGGAAAGUGUGGCUCAAAGAGUGUCGGCAUGCGUGUACUCAGUCAAAACGUCUCUUAGUGUAAGAUUGUUUAAUUUACUUGGCGCAUUUUAG